AUGUCUUGCGUCUCGCUCCCCGAGAAGAAGGCAUGGAUGCCUCCUAAAUCUGUCAUGGAUCACUUGUCGGCGACGACGAGUGAUCGUUAUCGAACACGAUUGUUCGAUUCGUCAAGGAUCCAUCACCUUGACCCCAGCGCGAAAGACUAUCGCGCUGAACAUGAGUUCUUCAUCGAUGCUUUCUUCAGACAUCGAUGGUACAGUGGGAAUCACAAACGUGAUGGUCCCUCACUACUUCAGGCGUGGAACGCCUACAUCCAUAAUCUCGAGGAUGUAGGUCGUGACGCUUGGAACGACAAACUUAUCAAAGCUCGUGAUAAGUUUGAAAAGCGAACCCCGACAGGUGCACGCUAUAAGCUGCAUCGUCUGUCAAGGGAGAAAGGAUUACCCUGCCUCUCUUGGGGAGACUCGUGCCCAUGUUGUGUGAACAACUCUGCACGAGCACCUAAGGAGGCUUACCUCCUUACCAGCCCGUGGUGGCGCGUACGUGUCUCUACUGAGAUGUACGAAGGGAUUGACAACCUGAAAUCCCUUUACGACCGUGCCGGGAAGACUUUCUCCGGCGGUCCUUCUGCGGCACAGGAUGUGUCGCGUCGUACUGCUCGACCAGACCCAGUACGUCAACCAUCAAUUGGGAGCGGGGCUCCCAAGAAUCCCAGGACGGGGGAUAGCCGCGCCACCGGACGAGGUAACUCGUCCGACGUCCGUUCACGUCGCGGUGGUUCAACAGCUGCUCAACUAGAUAGCGCUGGCCACCGCGAGAGUCCUCUAAUGGAGGUGGAGGAGGAGGAAAGACGCUCUCCACACGAUCAUGUGGAUCGGUGUGUUCCCGAGAGCUUCUUUGAUCGCGUAACGCAAGGGUUACGCGACGAUCUCGAGCAUGAGCGGAAUAGGCGUCUCCAGAUGGUGGACACUGCCUCGAAGCAUCGAGCUGAGUUUGCCUUUGCUCAGCUUGAGAACGAGAGAUCUCUGACAUCUCUUCGUGACGAGCUAAGGGUAGCUCGUGGGAUUGUUGAUCGGUCUCGGGCUGAGAUAACUGCUCUUCAGACCCUUGUUGAUGCCCACCAUCGGGAGCACAAGGCUCUCUGCGAGAUGCUUGAGCGCAAGGGCGUUCUUCAUCGGAAGAAGCAGCGUACUGAUGGUACGGCUUAA